GAAAAAGGGGGGAAAUGUAUUGUAGGUUUCUGGUUUCCAGUGCUGCCUGUGCUCCGCAGAAUCCAGCACUGAGUCUCAUUGCAGAGCUCUCUGUCUUUGGGCUGGGGCUAUUCUGUAGGAGUUAGAUCAAGCAGCCAGGAUGUCAAAGAAGGACCCCCGGGAUAUAGAUGAGGAUGCUAUCCUCAAGGGGCUUAGUGCAGAGGAGCUGGAGCAGCUCGAAUGUGAGCUGCAGGACAUGGACCCAGAGAAUGCAAUGCUCCCAGCUGGCCUCCGUCAACGUGAUCAGACCAAGAAAAGUCCAACAGGUCCAUUUGAUCGCACUGCUUUGCUCAGUCACCUAGAGAAACAGGCUCUGGAGCAUGAAGAUCGAGAAGACUUAGUGCCCUUCACUGGGGAGAAGAGAGGGAAAAAAUUUACUCCAAAACCUGGAUCAGGAAGGAUCCCAGAAGAGGAGCAGAUUACUCUGGAGCCAGAGCUGGAAGAGGCUCUGAAAAAUGCCACAGAUGCAGAAAUGUGUGAUCUUGCAGCAAUCCUGGGAAUGUACACACUGAUGAGCAAUAAGCAGUACUACGAUGCUCUUGGUGCCACUGGUAGAAUUGCCAACACAGAAGGCAUCAAUAGUGUGGUAAAACCUGACGUGUAUAAAAUCUACCCUGAUGAACCUCCCAAUGACACAGACGUUGAAGACACACUGCGCAGAAUUCAGAACAACGACAGCAGCCUGACAGAUGUCAACUUCAACAACAUCCCGGACAUUCCCAUCCCAACACUGAAGGAUAUCUUCCACAGUAUGAAGAAUAAUACUCACGUACUGAGCUUAAGCAUUGCUGCAACACGCAGUAAUGAUCCUGUGGCUCACGCCAUAGCAGAGAUGUUAGCAGAGAACUCUACACUGGAAAGCCUAAACAUCGAGUCUAACUUCAUCACUGCUGAUGGAAUGAUGGCUAUCAUUAAAGCAAUGUCUGGAAACACCACCCUAGCUGAAAUCAAGAUUGACAACCAGAGGCAAAAACUGGGAGAUUCAGUAGAGAUGGAAAUUGCCGCUAUGUUGGAGCGUAACCCAAGCAUCCUAAAAAUUGGCUACCACUUCACCCAGCAGGGCCCUCGUGCCAGAGCAGCUAUGGCCAUCACCAGAAACAAUGACUAUUUCCGCCAGCAGAGGAUAAGAUGAGAUGAAGGCUAACAUGGCCUCUCUAGGAGCACUGCUAAGAAGACUCAGGAUGAUGACAUAUACUAGCCUGCUAUGCUUUAAACAUUUAUUAACUCAUUGUGGAUAUCAUUAACACCAGUCCUUUUGUGUUUGUAAACACUGGGCUUCAUCAAGCCAAAGGUGUUCUCACUUAAUAAAAACCAUGUGCUUCCAAUAUA